AUGCAUCAUUCUCGUCAGUCUAUUGACGUUCCCGUCGUUGUUGAUGAUGACAACGAUGAAGAUCUAACGAAUCAUCAUUAUAUUCCAUCAACUACCGGCGAUUAUUCAUCAUUAAUUGUUGAUUCGCCACCAGAUACAAUAUGUCAUCGAAAUAUUUAUAUAGAUCGAUCACCAUCACCUACAUCCUCAAAUAUUCGAACAUCUCAAACAUCAAUAUCCCUUCGUCCGACUCAUAGACGUUUUUCAUAUAGUACUUCCCUAUCCGAUUCAAUUGGAUCUGUUAAUAAUAUUCAUCGUGAACGUUUACGUUUUAAUACAUGGCCACGUCAUCGAAAAGAAAAACGUGAUAUAUUUGCUGAAUAUGAUAAACGUUUAGCUAAAUCAGUUAUACAAGAACUUGGUAUUGGUAUAAAUAAAACUUAUCGUAAUCCAUGGGGUAAUCUUUCUUAUGCUCAAUUGAUUACACGUGCUAUUGAUAGUAGUCCAUGGAAACGUUUAACAUUAAAUGAAGUAUAUGAAUGGAUUAUUAAAUUUGUGCCAUAUUUUAAAGAUAAAACUGAUGCAAAAACAAGUUGGGGUUGGAAAAAUUCAAUUCGACAUAAUUUAUCAUUACACAAUCAAUUUAUACGUGUACCUAUUAUAUCAUCAUUAUCAAAAGGUCCAGUCAAAUAUGUUUGGACAAUAAAUCCAUCAUUUAAAAAUAAUUCACCCUAUAAAAAAUAUAGUUUAAAACGAAAACGUGCCGCUGCAGCAGCAGCAGCAGCUGCAGCUGUAGCUGUUACAAAUAUGAAUUCAUCAUCAACAUUAUCACAAAAUUCUGAACAAAAUUUAGAAACAAAUACAUCAACAUCAACAUCAUCAAAUAAUUAUCAUCGUCAUUCAACAAUAUCAAUUACAAAACCAUCACGUUUAUUAAAUGAACAUUCACAUAAUAAUAGUUCAUCAUCAACAUUAAAUCAAUUAUCAAUGGCUGCAGCUAUGAUGUCAGCUGGUGUUACUGAUCCAGCAACAUAUAGAGCAUUUUUAAAUUCUCAAGCAGCAACAGCAGCUAUGAUUAAUAAACAAAAACAACAAACUCUAACAACACAACAACCAACAUCUGUAUCACAUAGACAUAAUACAACAUCAUAUACACAUGAAUCAGGACUUCCUAUUCCAAAAAAAGUUGCACUUACAACUGAUCGUUAUAAACAACAACAACAACAACAACAACAACAACAACAACAGCAACAGCAACAACAACAACAACAUGCUGAAUGGCUUUUAUCUUCAUAUAGACAACAAUCACAAUCAUAUAAUACUAAUCAACAUCAUCAUUCAUCAAAUUCAAAUAAAAUUAUGAUAAAUCAACAACGUUCAACAUAUUUACCAUCAGUAUCAUCAUCAAUAAAUACACGUAUGAAUUCUGAUAUAAAUAACUUAUCAUCACCAUCAUUACAAAGACGUGGUAGUUCACCACCACCAUUUUCUUCAACAGUUGCAGCAACAGCAGCACAAAAUAAAUUAUUAGCUCAAACAAAAUUUUGGCAUGCUGCAGUACAAGCUGCUGCUCAAGCCCAUCAACAACAGCAACAACAACAACAACAACAACAACAACAACAACAAUAUCAACAUCAACAACAAACUUCAAAUAGUUCUAUAAAUGAACUUCAAAAUUAUAUUAAUCGAUCGAAUACAAAUAGUAGUAAUCAUAAUAAAAUAUCAUCAUAUCUUAAUUCAGAAACAUUAAAAACUACUUCUAUUGAUGAACAACAUCAUUAUACAAAUGAUCCUCGUUAUAAAUUAAUGCGUGCUUCAUAUCCAAAUGCAAUGAAUAAUUCUUUAUCAUCAACAUGUCUUAUGAGACAAAGAAAUAAUCAAAAUAAUAAUACAACAAUACUUAAUACACAACAACAACAACAACAACAACAGCAGCAGCAGCAGCAGCAGCAGCAACAGCAGCAGCAGCAACAACAUGCUGAUAUGCUUACAGCAGCUUAUAAUAAUUAUAGACGACGUUCAAGUGGAUUUUCAUCAACAACAAGUCAUGGUGGAGCAAGUGAUGAUGAAAGUGAUGAAUAUAUACCACCAAGAAAAGACUCUUCGACUUCAAAUGCAUCAAGUGGUUAUGAAUCAGGUUUAGCUACAAGUCGUCAAUCACCUCCUAUUUCAUCUAUUCGUACAGAUUCAGGUUCAUCAAUAACAUCGGAUAUAUCAUCAUCUUCAUAUUAUUAUAAUUCAAAAGAUAAUAAAAAUCCUAUAAAACAACGUUUAACAAAAAUAAAUUCAAAUGAUAUUGAAAUAGAUGAACGACAACAAUUAUCAUUAAAUUCAGUUGGUGGUUAUGUUGAUGAUCUUAUGGAACGUAUACGUAAAAUGCCACCAAAAAAACGUUCAAAAUUUUAUCAAAUGCUUGAUGAAGAACGUUUAAAAGAUGUUAAUAAUAAUAAUCAAGAUGAACAUACAAAAACAAAACAAAUACAAUGUAAUAAUGAACAUGAAUCUAUGAAUAUAACAAUGCCACUUGUUGUUGCUGAAGUUCAUAGUGAUGAUGAUGAUAAUGAUAAUGAUGAUGGUGACAAUGAUGAUGAUGAUGAUGAUGAAGAUCGAACAUUAAUUGAAAUAUCAUCAAAUUCUUCAAUGAUAAAUGAUAAUGAACAAGAUAAAUUAAAACAACAAUUUUUAGGUUUAAAUGAAAAAAAUUAUGAAGAACUUCUUUCUAUGGGUGUACCAUUAACAGUUAUAAAAGCUCUUACUAUUCACAAUCAACAACAACAACAACAACAAACACAAUCACUUAUUAAUAAUAAUAAUAAUAAUGCUCAAUUAUCAAAUUUUUUAACAAGUAAAUGUACAGUUUCAUCAACAAAUUCUUCAGUAGAUAAUAAACAUUUAUUAAAUGCACGUACAAUACUUCGAAGAAUUUUACAACAACAAGAACAACAUGAACAACAACAACAACAACAUUCAACUAAUGAUAAAUCAUUACCUGAACCAAUGGAUUAUACAACAGAUGAAGAAGCCGGUAUUAUUGAAGAUGAUGAUGAUGAUGAUGAUGAUGAUGAUGAUGAACAUCAAUCAUCAUUGUCAACAACAACACAUCAUAGAAAAAGUGUUCGAUCAAAUAGUCAUAAUCCAGUGACGGUUAGACUAAAUCCAAAUGAUAUUUCAUCAUUAUCACCAGUAACAUCUAUAUCAUCAUCACCGGAUCAUACUGAUGUACAUCAUCAAUCAAAUACAAAUUCACUUAGUCGACCAUCAAGUACACCUGCAACUCUAGUUUCAUCGACUUGUUCAGUCUAA